CUCACUUCCUGGUUGAAGAUGGCGGAUGAGAAUGAGACAGCACCGUUGCCGGAGAAAGAAGAUGUAGAGGACCACGGGCACUGUAGCGACUGUGAAAAUGAAGAGCACCAAUUUGACGAUGGUGACAGAGGUCUGGGUGAUGAAACUGGCGCCAAGAAGAAGAAAAAGAAGCAGAAAAAGAAAAAGAAAUCUGGUGCCCCAGAAGCAGCUCAGGACCCACUUGCCAAGGUGAAUUCUUUGCCAGCUGAUAAGCUACAGGAGAUCCAGAAGGCUAUUGAACUCUUUUCAGUUGGCCAAGGUCCAGCCAAAACCAUGGAAGAGGCGAGUCGGAGGAGCUACCAGUUCUGGGACACACAACCUGUGCCCAAGCUGGGCGAGACGGUGACAUCACAUGGCUCAAUUGAACCUGACAAAGACCAAAUCAGAGAGGAGCCUUACAGCCUCCCACAGGGCUUCAGCUGGGACACCCUGGACCUGGGGGACUCUGCCGUGCUCAAGGAGCUUUACACUCUUCUCAAUGAGAACUAUGUGGAAGAUGACGACAACAUGUUCAGAUUUGACUACUCCCCUGAGUUCCUGCUCUGGGCCCUGCGGCCUCCCGGCUGGCUGCCUCAGUGGCACUGUGGAGUGAGGGUGAACUCCAACCAGAAGCUGGUGGGGUUCAUCAGUGCCAUUCCAGCCACCAUCCGCAUCUAUGACGUAGAAAAGAAAAUGGUUGAGAUCAACUUCCUCUGCGUUCACAAAAAGCUUCGUGCCAAGCGGGUAGCUCCAGUUCUGAUCAGAGAGAUUACCAGACGUGUCAACCUGCAGGGCAUCUUCCAGGCCGUGUACACUGCCGGUGUGGUGCUGCCCAAACCUGUGGGAACAUGCAGGUACUGGCACCGCUCUCUGAACCCACGAAAGUUAAUCGAGGUGAAGUUCUCUCACCUGAGCAGGAACAUGACUAUGCAGCGCACCAUGAAACUGUACCGCCUGCCUGAGGCCCCAAAGACUUCUGGUCUGCGACCGAUGACGAAGAAGGAUGUGCCGGUGGUGCAUCGCCUCCUCCGCGAGUACCUGAGUCAGUUCAACCUGGUGCCUGUCAUGAACCAGGAGGAAGUGGAGCACUGGCUGUUGCCCCGGGAGAACAUCAUCGACACUUACCUGGUUGAGAAUGCAGGUAAAGUGACGGACUUCCUCAGUUUCUAUACACUGCCAUCUACCAUUAUGAAUCACCCCGUGCACCGCAGUCUAAAGGCAGCUUACUCCUUCUACAACGUGCACACCACCACCCCCCUGCUCGACCUGAUGUCUGACGCCCUCAUCAUGGCCAAAUCUAAAGGGUUUGAUGUCUUUAAUGCACUGGAUCUAAUGGAAAACAAGACUUUCUUGGAGAAGCUGAAGUUUGGCAUCGGUGAUGGAAAUCUACAGUAUUAUCUGUACAAUUGGAAGUGUCCCAGCAUGGGGUCAGAAAAGGUUGGGUUGGUGCUGCAGUGACAGCCCUUUUAAUGCCAUAAGCACGUGUCACCACCAGGCCAGGAGACCGCACCGUGGACUGAUGACUUCCUGCUGUAGGAGAGGAAACACACCGCCCAUUUUUACUUUCUGACCUUUCGAACUUUGACCUGCACUACAGCUGCCAGGGAGGGAGGCGGGAGAGGCCUCGGCUCCUCCCCCCGCCUCCCUCAAUCACGUGGACCUUAAGCCAUUGUAGUUACCAUCUCAAGCAACUGCAUUUCAUCUGAACGCUGCCUCGACUGUAUCAAACGUGCAUACACACAAUAGCAGUUUGCACAGAUUACUCCAAAUGCUCGCUGUUGGUCUCUUACCUGCAAACUACAGAACGUGUAAAUAAUGUCAGACCUAAUGCGGAUUCUGCCCUAACACGUGCAGACUAGAACCUACUGUUUUAUUUUAUUCAUUCAUGUUGGAAGUGAUUUUUUUGCAAUUAAAAUAAAAAUGGUCAUUCUUAAGUUUUAGAGAAAAAGAAUAAAAACGAGCAAAAAAUAUUUCAAAGAGUGAAGACGCUCAAAGGAAUGAGGUAAUAAAUACCAAAAGUGAACAGAGGGUAAGGGCUUUAUGUAAGGAGUUUCUUGUUAUGCUUGUAUCCUCCCCCCACCUCCAAAGUCCCUCUUUGAUCCAGCUGUCAUGGAGGUGAUUCAACUGCCUGAAGUUAAUGCCAGAGUUGACAUCCACCCUCUUCAGCUCCACUCAUCUGCAUUAACUUUGAGGACCCCCACCCCCCCCUAACUUCAGCUAACUGCACUAACAAACCAAACCCUCAAUCACAGACUAAUGGAUCAGCUCAGUUGGAGGCAAAAGUCAAUCAUUAUCGAUCAGAACGAACUGUUUCAGAGAGGCGGAGGGCAUUCUGAGAGUUUGUUCAACACGUCUGUCAGCAGGGAUGAAAUUUAAGGUGCCUCGUGGCUUAAAUGUGCCCGGUUGCAACAUCCACCGUUCCGAUGCCACGGACUCUGACAUGUGCUCAAAGAAAACCUGAUGGGUGUUGGAACAUUGUAAAGAAACUGAAAAUCCCAAUUUUCUGAGCUUAUCAUUGGAGAUGAGGAAUAAAAAGACUGAAAUUGUAUUUACUAAAUGCAACUAACUACAAUAAUAAGAAAGAAGCCGCUUGUUUGCAUGCACAUCAUGCUGAUUUUUUUUUUCACAGAGAAAAUGCGUUUUACCUGCAUUAUUUAGGACAUAACAAAUGAGCACUCUGUAGGAUCACGCAGGCUGUCAGACAAAGUGGGAGAGGUUUCACGGUGGAUGUUGGAGUUGGGCCCAUGAGCGGCAGUCUGGACUUGCAAACGUGCAGGUUGGGUGAUGAUGACUGGGGAGAAAACCCCAAUUAAAGUGUUUCUUAUGUAAAAUGGUUCAGUUUUCGAACUGUUUUUUUUUUCUUAAGGAGAAAAAGUGGUUUUUAUGGUGUUAUGAUGCAGGAAAUGAAUGUCAAGAUGCAGGUGUUUGUUUUUUUGAGAAAAAAAAUAAAUGAAAUCUAGA